AUGGCCACCGUCAGAAUAUGCGUCUGCGGUGACGAGGGUUGUGGUAAGUCGAGCCUUAUCACUUCUCUGGUAAAAGACACCUUCAUCAGCAACAGAAUCCAAGCGGUUCUGCCUCCAAUCACCAUUCCUCCAACCCUAGGCACUCCCGAAAAUGUCACCACUACCAUCAUCGAUACCUCUGCCCUGCCUCAAGACCGUGCGAACCUUGCUAGAGAACUGAGAAAAUCCAACGUCAUCCUCCUGGUCUAUUCGGACCAUUACAGCUAUGAGAGGGUGGCCCUGUUCUGGCUGCCAUAUUUCCGCUCUCUGGGUGUCAAUCUGCCCGUCAUCCUAUGCGCGAACAAGUCGGACCUAGUCACGAGCAGUACACCUGCUCAGAUCAUGGAAGAGGAGAUGCUCCCGGUCAUGUCAGAGUUCAAAGAGAUCGACUCUUGUAUACGCACGAGUGCCCGCGAACACUUCAAUGUCAAUGAAGCAUUCUUCCUCUGCCAGAAAGCCGUCACACAUCCCAUCGCUCCGUUGUUUGAUGCGAAAGAGUCGGUGCUCAAACCAGCUGCGGUAGCUGCUCUGCUUAGGAUAUUCUACCUUAGUGAUAAGGAUAAAGACGGACUGCUGAAUGACAAGGAAAUGCAGGAUUUUCAGUUGAAAUGCUUCGAUAAGAAUCUGAGCGCAGAAGACCUACAGCACAUCAAAGACACCAUCGAGCAUCAUCUACCGGGAGCUGCUCUGGGUCGGGGUAUAUCCUCACAAGGCUUCUUGCUGCUGAACAAGCUCUACGCUGAGAAGGGUCGACACGAAACGAUAUGGGUCAUCCUUCGCACAUUCCAGUACACCGACAGUCUGUCCCUGCAGGAGUCCUUCGUCCACCCCAAGUUUGAGGUGCCCGAAUACGCUUCAGCCGAACUGUCUCCUGCCGGAUACCGCUUUCUGGUCGACUUGUUCCUCACCUCUGACCGCGAUAACGACGGCGGUCUCAAGGACGAGGAGCUUGGAUCCCUCUUUGCACCAACUCCGGGAAUUCCUCAGCUUUGGGUGGACAAUAACUUUCCUUAUUGUACGGUGCGCAACGACGAAGGCCAUGUCACACUCCAAGGCUGGCUAGCUCAAUGGUCGAUGACCACGUUCAUGUCUCCCAAGACGACUCUCGAGUAUCUCGCGUAUCUGGGUUUCGAGUCUCCGGAUCGAUCGAAUUCCAGCACUACAGCCGCUUUGAAAUUGACAAAGCCUCGAAAGAGAAGAAGGCGACCAGGACGAGUAGGUCGGAAUGUGCUUCUUGCACAUGUACUGGGAGCUCCGCAGUCUGGGAAGUCAGCUUUGCUGGACGCGUUCCUCGCUCGACCAUUCAACGAGCUGUACCACCCUACUAUCCAGCCUCGGGUUGCAGUGAACACAGUCGAACUCCCGGGAGGCCGACAAUGCUAUCUCAUCCUCAAGGAAUUUGGUGAAUCAGAAGCGGCUGCUCUCGACAAUAAGAAUAAACUACUUGAUCAAUGCGAUGUCAUUGUCUACACCUACGACUCUUCCGAUCCAGACUCGUUUGCGUACAUUCCAAACAUUCGAAAGAACUAUCCUUACCUCGAGGACCUGCCGUCUGUAUACGUGGCAUUGAAGGCAGAUCUUGAUCGGACAAUGCAAAGAGUCGACCAUCAACCAGAGGAGUAUACUGCCCAGAUCCAACGGAUGCCUCAAGGACCACCGAUAUCUACGAGUGUGACGUGGCCUUCGAUCCAGGACUUGUUCGUGGUCGUAUCAGAAGCAGGUCUUGAUCCGGUCACUGCUUACCCACGACCACUAGAGGAGGAUGAUAGUGGUCAAUUGAUGAGAUAUGGGCUGGUUUUGGGGGCGGUAGUUUGUGCCGGUGCUGCAGCAGUGGUGAUUUGGCGAAGGUCGACAACACCGUCAGGUUAG